AUGUCGGCGGAGGAGGAGGCGAGCAGGCUGUUCCGCAUACGGCGGACGGUGAUGCAGAUGCUUCGGGACCGUGGGUACCUCGUCGGCGAUUUUGAGGUCAACAUCAGUAAGCAGCAGUUUCUGGACAAGUUCGGCGAGACCAUCAAAAGGGACGACCUCGUCAUCAACAAAUCCAAGCGCGGCGACUCCUCCGACCAGGUUCGUCUACCGCUUUGCUGAGGCCAACACCCGUUCGGGUUGGCUCCUCCGUUUUCUCCUUUGGUUGGUGACGAUGUUUUUCGUCGGGGUUCUGUGCUUGGCUUUUGGUUAUUAUGAGAAAUGAUCUGUCAUCAAUUCAACAAUUUUCUCUGUAGAAUAUACCUUUUAGCAAAAGAGGAAGAAUAUCAUACCCAGUAAGAAACGGUAUAAUGUGCAUUGGCAUCGAUGUUGAUUGGAAUCCUGUUCAAUGGGACUGUUCGUACAGCAUAACCCUUUUCACAAAAAAAUAAAAUGAACUUAUUUGGAGAGCUGUAAUGCCUUUUUGGAGAUACCAAUAGAGCAUAGGAUGGAGAAGAAUAGAUAAAUCACCGUAUUACAUGAUCUCAGUGUCCUCUUUUCAUAUCAUCCGUUACCUUUACCUUCCAUAGAUAGUUUAUUACUUAUUGCUCUCUUACAGAAAUAAAUAAAGUGCUGUUUCAAGUGGAAGAUCAAGCCAUUUCGCUGGAGUUAUUGAUUGAUGAAUACAGUUCAUCAUUAUUAUCUUUUGUCAUAUUUUGAGAAGAAUACUUCAAAGAACCGAUGAUAAAAAAGAAUGGUCGAUAUAAUUCUUUUUCAGUUAGUUUUUAAAUCCACGACAAGUAAAACCUUGGGCCGUUACCUUUUUCAAUCUUUGGUUAUGUAUGAUGGGAAAAAAGGUAUUGCAAGCUGCAGUCAUUGGCUCAUGUGAAAUUAGCCAUAUUAUUACUCCGAUUGUUUUGAACCACAAUAAUAUAUUGAGUCUACUGUUCCCAAUGACCAUUAGCGAUGCUGUAUUUCUAAAAGUCACUAAAAACCCUGACGUCCGGUCAGAAUUUUCUUGGUAUACUGGACCAAAGUUGUCUUUUUCUUGAGAUGCAGGUUAUGCAUUUCAGAAGCUUUCAUGGUAAAAUGGAAUGUAUUAAGUUCUUAUUUAUCCUCAGAGAAAAUUGCAUUAUAUACAUAUUUAGAGCAGGAAAAAAAUGUUCUGUUGUACCAAAAUGUUCAACAAUGAGUCAACUCCUGCCUUAUUAGCAAAAUCAUGUUUUAGCAUCGCCAUUUUUGUCAUAAAUUAAAGUCUAUUCUGUUGGUAAUAAUAUUUUGGCUAGGAGACCAUUUGGAGGGCUAAAGGUAGUUUGAUUUGAUUCAGUGCAGUUCAUAGUAAGUUUUCAUUUGAUCUUCGGUUGACGGUACACAAGUUGGCUUGACUUCGUUCUAGGGCCAGAUUUAUUUGGGCUGUGCUAGCUUCUGUUAAUAGACGAGAAGCUAAAAUGUACCUUAAUGCUCAAGAAGGUUAUGAUGUUAGUGUUAUUAUAAUAGAAUGAUGGUAGCAAGUCUUUGCGAAGUACUUGCUUCUACAAGGAUAUCAAUAUGUGGUAACCUAUGGAGAGAAAAUUGCACCUUGUUUAUUAGUUACUCGCUUAUUUUUAGGUGAUUACCACCGUCUCUUGGUAUUAUAAGUCGUUCAUAUCCUUAGCUCAAUGUGCAAAUGUGAUCGGUAGAUUUUUAGCACAACUCAUACUAUUAAAUAUUUUGUUUCCAGAUAUAUAUUUUCUUCCCUGAGGAGCCAAAAGUUGGAGUCAAGACCUUGAAGACUUACGUUAAUCGCAUGAAAUCUGAAAACGUCUUCAGAGCUAUAUUAGUAUGUCAGCAGAAUCUGACUCCAUUUGCAAGGUCGGCGAUUCAGGACUUCUCCCAGAAAUUUCAUUUGGAAGUUUUCCAGGUCAGUAAAAUGUUUUCAGUAUCACAUUUUUUUGAAAAAUAUUGUUGUAAAAUAAAUAUUCUCAUGAAAUGGUUUACGACACUUAGAAGCCUUGAAAAGGAGAUUAGUUCUGUACUUUCGUUCACCACGUUAUGAUUUUGUCCAAGUAAUGAAUUUUUUGUUGACUUGGUUAAGACACUGAAGACUAUAUUAGUCUUCAUAGUAAGGUAUAUCAAUUUGUCAUCAGAAUCUGUCAUUUUCCCCAAUUCAUGAACCUCAAUUUUCUUUGUAAUUAGUUCGGAGCUUUUUAAUAUAAAAAAACUGAGAAAUAACCUGAAAUUAAUUAAAAAUCAUGUUUAUUAUCUCAAUUCAGGAGGCUGAGCUACUGGUUAACAUCAAAGAACAUGUCCUCGUCCCUGAGCAUCAGCUGCUGACAAAUGAAGAAAAGAAGACGCUGUUAGAGCGUUACACUCUCAAGGAAACUCAGGUAUGGGCCUAUUGCUAGCCUUAGACUAUGUAAACUUUUUUUUUUGUCUUACACUCUUUUUUAUUUUCCAGUAAAGGAGUAUGAAAGUUGUCAUAAAUUGCAUAUUUCUUUAUCUCAUUCCUGUUUCUUAGCCGCUUGUGUUUGUUCCACUACUGGCUAAGGAAUUUAUUACGAUCAGAACAUUUGUUGCCACUUGUAACUGCAAAUUUAUCGUCUGCAUCGAGCCUUGCCCUUCAAUGGAGGGUGAUCUUUAAUUUGGGAUCCAGUUUGCUAUUGAACCUUGAUCUGACUGAUCUUCAUUCAUGGGCAUUGAUGUAUGGUGAAAAUUUCCCAUCUUGAACACUUAUGGGAUCAAUAAGUCAUCUGCUUACUUGAGAGGAAAGAUGAAUUUGUUGAUGGCCAUAAUCAGAAACCAAUGAAUCUAAAAAAUAAAUCAGUAGUUAACACUGUUAAUGAAUAAGAUAAAUCGUAACAGUAUCGUUUUGGAAUGACCAAAUCAACAAGCUUACAUUGAUGGUCAGAUGUGCAGCUUUGGUGUGUGGAUUCAUGAGCUGAAUAAAAAAAAAUUAUAUCAGUUUUCGUUUCCUAUUUCUUUCAUUUGCCCUUUUCAUCUUCCAAUGGUCCAUUCCCCCACUUUGAUAUGAAGAACAGACAUUUAUUUAUACAAGAACUUAUCUUAUGAUCAUCCCAGAUCAAAAUUCUAAUAAUUUUUUUGCCCUUUUUUUCUCUUUGAUUUUAGUAAUUGAUUCAUAUUACGGAACCCAACACCCUCAAUUUAAGUGUGAAAUACUUGUGCUAGAUCUCCUCACAUGGUCACACCAAACCCUCAUUCUUAGCUUUUGAUAUCUUUUUUUUCCUUUCUAUUUUUUCUUUCAGCUUCCACGAAUCCAAAUUACUGACCCCAUUGCAAGAUACUAUGGUCUGAAGCGUGGGCAGGUGGUGAAGAUCAUUCGACCGAGUGAGACUGCUGGAAGAUACGUCACCUACCGAUAUGUUGUCUAA